AUGGCAGAAUUUGCGGCUGACGUACCGGAUGAAGGGAAAGGGCCGCCGCCGGCGACAGCAGCAAGCGGGGGCGGGGGCAGGGAGGAGGAUUCGUACCCCCUCACCAUAUUUUACUGCGGAGUUUGUGGACUACCUCCCGAGUACUGCGAGUUCGGCUCCACCGCGGAAGCCUGCAGAGCGUGGGCGGAGGCGAACUGUCCAGAAGUAUUGGCCGUCGAAGAGGGGAUAGCGGGACUUGAGGUUCAAGGAGAUGCGGGCGGGGAAGCGGCGGGGGGGGCGGAGAGGGCUGCGGGGGGCGAGGAAGAGCCAAAGAAGAAGGGCAAGAAGGUAAGGAUAGCAAAACCUGGCGGCAAGAAGGCGGCCGGAGGGGAGCAACGAGUCGUCAUCGGGCGCCUUUCCCGGAACCGCCGCAAGUUUGUAACCGUCGUCGGGGGUCUCGACACCUUCCCAGACGUCAAGAUCAAAGACGCAGCAAAAAAGAUCGGCAAGCAGUUCGCGUGCGGAUCCUCCGUGAGCAAGGCACCCUCUGGGGCGGAGGAGGUGGUGAUCCAGGGGGACGUGCUCAUGGACUUGCCUGGCUUCCUCGAGACUACUCUCAACAUCCCAGCGGCCAAGAUCAGCGUCCUCUCGACAUCAUAG